GGUCACUCACUUCUUACGUUUAUUUCCGGAAGUAAGUCGUUGUCGUUGUGGUUCUCGUCAAGGGUUGUUAAACUACAUUCUCCAGCGUCGAGGCGACAGGUACAGAGUUUUAGGUUUAUGAUAAUAUCUAUAAUACGUUUAAAUCAAAUUAAACGCUUGUAUGAGGAGUCAUUUUCGGUAUAACUGUAAAUAACCGUUUGUUUUUCUACCUUUGUAGCCGUAGCCGUUAGCUUCCUCCUGUCGUAGCUUACGUAAUGGACUUUGUCAACAGCGGAUGGAGAAAAUUUUCACUUAAAUUAUAAAAAUAUAUGAAUUUAACGUUUUAAAAUGAACAUAUAUCUCAGCUUGGCGGCUCUCUGAACACAUUAAGUUAACAUUUCUAAAGUGAUGACAAAGCUAUGAGAGCUACACUGUCUGUAAUGUUAACAGAUGACACAGAUGUUAUCAUAGAGCUGAAUGUUCAUAAAGAUAUAACAGAGACACACAGAGUCACUGAUAUCACUGCUUAUACAUUAUAAUAGAGGGAGAGAUGCUGUUUAAAUAAUCCACUAUCUUACUGUCGUCCUGUCUGUUUUUAAUCCAUUAGGUGUGUCUCUAACCACAGGAUGGCACACUGGUUUCACAGAAACCCUCUGAAGGCUACAGCUCCUGUGUCCUUUAACUUCUAUGGAGUGGCAGGAAGUCCAGCUGCCAACAAGAUCUGCAAGUAUGUCAUCACAAACAUACUAAUACUACCAAUAAUAAUUAUAAUGAUUAAGUCUGAAUGCAUAAACCGCCUUUGAAGAACCUGAGCUCACUUUAUAUCUGUCAUGUCCUGAGCAAGUGCAGUAAAAAAUACACUGAUUUAAAGGGAUAUUCCGGUGUAUUAUUAAUUUAGGGUCAAACACACUGUAAUACAGAGUUAGACAGCCCCUCCAGAGAUGAAUGUGGUCGACCGCUUGCUUCUCUAGUUAUACCAAGUUUAGUCAUGACCGCAGGAUAGCAAUACACAGCGGUCUGAGGAGAAGUAAGUCAAAGUUAAAAAGAUGUUUGGUGUCUAGUACUAUGGCUGGUACCCUAUAUGUCCUGUUGAUGAAGUUAGGUGCUGUUCUGAACAUUAUUUGUGGCUAUAGAGUGGCGUUUUGGUUGAGGUUUGUUUAUGGCUCCUCAGACCGCUGUGUAUUGAGGCUGAGGCUUUAGAUCUAUUUUUUUCUUGCAUGAGAUAUGACACACACAUCGCUAAACAUCCUUGCUGUUAUUAUUGUUUAUGUCUCUGAUCAUGACCAAUCCUAUUCUGUUAUUAAUGUCUGGAGAUUGUUGUAAACAUUGUAACAAACUUUUUUUUUUUGUAUGACACAUUCAGUGACCUGAGGACAACCAGGGCAAGGCUGCUGGAGAUGUUCACUGACGUCACCUGCACCCCAGAAACGAUGAAGAAUGCCACAGAUGCAUACUUCUCUCUCCUUCAAGGUAUAUUCACAAAUCAAAAAUCUUCCCCGCCAUAUCCCGAUGAUUGUAUUUGUCAUUUUUAAAGGGAACUGGCAUUAUCUCCUUUAAUUAUUCUGAAUAAACGGCUCCCAACUCUUGUAAAUUAGAAAUCCUUCAUACUGGCUUUUGUGCCAUAAAAUAUAAGAGGAAAAGUGACCGUAUAAAUGAAAAUGAUGAAUGUCUUAAAGCUUGAAAUCGAACAGAGUCCAAGUUUUAAAGCAGUUAAAGGUACAAGCUUGAUGUUCUUGUGAGAUAACAGACGCCAUGAUUGUCAGAGUCAAGAUAAGUAAAGCAACAAGAUUCGCUCCUGUUUUAGUUCAAAGAUAAUCUAUCUCGUCAUCCAUUACUAUUUUCUACUCUUGUUCAAAAUAAUGAUCAUUAUUUAUGAUACGACAGGAUUUGUCGCGUCCUUGGAUGGAACAACACAGGAGAACAAGAUGAGAUUCAUCCAGAACUUCAAGUGGACCGACACCUUACAGGGAAACACACCAAGGUGAAGAAACACUCCUGAGCUAAUCGCAGAAGUUGAAGCUUUUGGAUCAGUCUUUAUUUAUGCAGAGGUCACAGUUAUGACGAGGACUACAGUGAAUUGUAGACUAACUCUAAAAUGAUGUUUGAUUCAUAUUUAAUGUGUUGAAAGUAAUCGUAACCUUCACCUGUUGACUUUAACUCCCCGCUCUCAUCACAGUGCCCAGCAGGAUGUGGUCUUUGAACUGGUCUCCAUGGCCUUCAAUGUAGCUGUUUGGUACACAAAGUUUGCCUCGAGACUAGCAAGAAAAGAAAAGUAAGUUAUUCUCAGUCUGUAAGUGACAACAGUUAUUAUUACUUUGUGACCACAGAAAAAUAAAACCUGUUUCUGUUUGCCUGUUUAACAGCAUCAGUGAGAAUGAAGCUAAAGAUGUCCACCGGAGCCUUAAAGCCGCUGCUGGUAUUUUCAAAACCCUCAAGGUGAGCCACACAGACACAACAUUUCUUAUAGUUGAUGUACAGCUGCAAGUAAAAGACAUAAAGUCUAUGAAAAAUGUCAAAGUUAUGUCCUCAGACAGAUUAUAGCAACACCUAAAGGAAAACCAGAUCCAGAUCAUUGAACAGAUGUGAUUUUUUUCCUCAGGAGGUCCACAUCCCUCGUCUCAUCACCCCGGCUGAAAAGGGUCGAGAUUUGGAGCCCAGAGUGAUCGAUGCGUACAUCAUCCAGUGCCAAGCAGAGGCGCAAGAAGGUACAGUAGCUUUCAGUCUGAAGAUGCCGUCGCCAUGUCAGAGUUUCUCGUAUGGAUUCAUGAUGGUUGGAAUCAGUGAGAUCCAUGGGGACCUGAUGUUGCCAAAACAUAAAUCCCAGCCUGGUUAAUUCAACACUUUUGGAUCUGAUACUGAAGUCCUCUUUGUUUCUUUUCAGUGACCAUUGCCAGAGCCAUCGAACUGAAGCACAACGCCACGCUCAUCGCAGCGCUGUCCUUUGAGACGGCGAACUUCUAUCAGAAAGCCGGUCAGUGUUUAACGAACUUAGUCAGCUGUGUGUCUUUAAUUAUCUGAUGUUAGUUUGUUUAAACUGCUGUAGUUGGACCACGACCACACGUUACUCAUACCAAACAGCUUCAUAUGAGUCCUAUAGUUGGGUUUAACUGUGACGUGUAUUCCUGUCUGCAGACCACACACUGAACACCUUGGAGCCAGAGUGCAGCAGCAAAUGGAGGAAGUAUCUCCAGCUGAAGCAGUACUUUUACAUGGCUUAUGUGAGUUCAUGCGGUUUCACAUCACAAAGAUGAAAAAAGGUUUUUACAAAUGUUCAUGAAUGAUGAAAAUCUGUUUUUUACUGACUCUGACUUCACCUGCAGGCGUACUGCUAUCAUGGACAGACGCUGCUGGCGAGUGACAAAUGUGGUGAAGCUAUACGAUCCCUCCAGGAAGCAGAGAAGUGUAAGUAUGUCAAAAGCUUGGAUAUGCUGCAGCAAGGCUUCUCAACCACAAACCCAAUCAGUUUCAUUUUUGUGUCUCAGUUUUCUGAGUCAGUCAACAAACUACUUCAAACUGAACCUAAACGUUCCCUACACCUCCCUAAAGAGCUGGUUUCUUCACCAUCCAGACCAGACCGUGUUUAUUAAGAGCAUUUAGCCAGUGCAGUUCAUUCAGUUCAACAAAUUGUUUUUAUCUUCAUCAUAUUGAUUUAAAGGUUUCUGUUUUUUCAGGUUACUCCCGCGCCGAGGCUCUUUGCAAAGAGUACCGUCAGACUAAAGGCCCGGGCACCACAGCGAAACCAUCGGAGCAGCUGUUCUUUCUCAAACUGGGCGGCCUCAUUAAAAACACUCUGGAGAAGUGCCAGAGAGAAAACGGCUUUAUGUGAGUCACUUUAGAGCACACACACAUAAUUUAUAUUUUUUACACAAGGUCAAAAGAGCAAAAAAAUCCUUUAAAAUCCUCCCUCAGAAAUCAGAUUAAUUUCUUUGUCACUCUCACGGCUGAGAUUGACUCCAGAGGAUUUCAAACAAACCUUAAAGAGUCCAGAUCAACUGCUGAGAUGUGGAUUAUUAAACUGGUUUGGUUGGUUUUUAGUUUAUAAACUGGAUUAUGUUUAAAUUUGUCAUAUUUCAUCCCUGUCAUAUUUGUCUCUUAAGUCUGCUCUCUGCAAACUCAUCCACGUCUGCGAUGAGUCAUUUGUGUCCGGGUUGACUAAUCUGGUUGACUGUUCAGCGUAGCCUGAUCCUCUUUGUCAGGGUUAAUGAAGCCGGAUACUUGCAGGUCUACAAGCUUCCUGUGUGCAGGGCCAGGGUAGAAUAGAGUCUGGUGUUAAGAUCAGAGUUCAUUACAUCAAACCUUUCUGUACUGGUACACGAACAAACAUGACUCCUUUGUGGAAACACACCGUUAAAGACACACAGGGCAACUUUAACUCACCUCGGAGUAAAGGUUUCAUUUAGAAAACUUCUUGUCUUUUUAAAGUCCAAACUCUUUGUUAUUUAUCUUCAGAUACUUCCACAAGGUCCCCGCAGAGCCCCCCCAGCUCGAGUUGAAAGCGAGUUACGGCCUGGCUGAGCCGAUCGCAUUUGAGCUCCCGCCCCUCAGUGAGCAGUGCACCGCCGAGGUCUACGCCACUUUCGAUCUGACCAAGGGGGCCAAAUCUGACAAGGUACCAUGGUUUGUUUCAGUCUGAAACUCAACUGUGUACAAAGUCUGGAUUAAAACUCACAUUGUUGUUGUUUUUUUUUAUCUCAAGGCCAAACCGAAGGAGGAGGAGGUGAAGCCGGUGAAGGAGCCGGAUCUGAAGCCUCAGAAGGACACGGGCUGUGUGGUCUCCUAAAACUCCUCCAGUAUCUACUCUCAGCCUCAUGCUUCAGCAUCAUCUAUUGUAAUGAUGGCAUCAUUAUACAGUCUCAUGUAAACCACCAUAUGUUUUUGUAAAGUUAAUCCAUGCUGUUUUACAUUUAUGUUGCAAUAUUUGUAUAGUAUAUGAGCAUUACGACAGAUCUCCUUAAUCGAAGCCAAAUCCAGCCACAGUAUCUGAGCAGCUUCUCACUCAAAACCGUUUCAAGAUGAAGAGAUCUUAUCGGUUAUUAAGAGUAAUUAGAUAUUAGCUGAUUAUUUAAAAUAAUAAAAUAAAAUCAGACCGUUUUAAUUGGAGAGAUUAUUAAUGAUCAUUAUGGAGAGUAGAUCCAGAUUGGAAACUGAAGUAUCUGUUAUUUAACCUCUUCUGCACUUUAGUGCUCUUACCAGAUUACAGCUGAUUGAAAUAACGUCCUCUUGUUAUAAAGUCCUCAAGUAUUCAUCCAAACAAGUGUCUGAAAUGAUCAAAACAGGAUUUUUUGCCUUGAAUUUUUGCUAUUUUAGAGAACAGAGUGAAAACAAUGUAGGAAGUUGAUUUUCCACCUUUGCUGUUGUAUUAAAUUUCUCCUCUCUUAUAGGACAGGACUGACUAAGUACUGAGACAGCGUGUUUCUAACUAACAGCUGAUUUAGAAAACAUGAUAUGAUUACUGUAGUUCUUUUUAUACCUCUCUGAUGUAGCUGUUUCUUUCAAUUAUACUCUUCAUUUAAGAAACUUUAUAAGUGCUGAAUGAUUUUCUGUUUACAGGGACUCUGUUUUAUAAAUAUUUUCCUGACUUUAGUUAAUUUAUUUCUAUCAUUUUUCUGCAGUUUUUGAUGUAGUUGAAAGUUGAGCACACUAAGAUUGUAAACAGCUCUUUGUAACUCAAGUCACUUGAGGAGAUAAUACAUACUGUAUGUACUCUACAUAAUUGUUAACCCCCGUCUUCAGGAGAGUUAAUGGGAAUGAGCUUUAUCACAUCCUGGGAUCAGAAGACAUCGUCGCUAUCGCUCAGAUGAGUUUUGCAGCUGAAUAGCAAAGACACAAGGUGUGGCUCACACUGUCGAAAUUCUCUUCUCUGAAAAAUAAAGUCAUGAUACAGCAGACCUAUCGAGCGUGUGU